GCUCCCGCCUGGGCGCCGCAGCCGACGGUGUGGCGGCCAGCCGAAGUCCCUCCCUCGGGGCUCCGCCACCCUCCAUCACCGAAACACUCUCGCGGCGGCGACCCAUGUGGGGGCUCAGACUCCUGCGGUCGCCGCCGCUGCUGCUCCUGCUGCCGCAGCUCGGAGUUGGAGACGCCUCGUCCCGCUCUCAGGCCGGAGUCAUGAAUCCGAGCGGCGGCGGCGGCGGCGCGAGCUGCUCGCCCUCCGCCGAGGGCCGCGGGCAGUGCCUGCAGCUGCCCAUGGUGCCGGGAGCCGACCCGCAGCGCAGCAACGAGCUGCUCCUGCUGGCAGCGGCGGGGGCCAGACUGGAGCGGUGGGACCUCCCUGGGGACAGCGCGAGGGAAGAGCCGCAGCCGCCGCCCCAGCAUCACGUCCUCUAUUUCCCCGGGGACGUGCAGAAUUACCAUGAGAUUAUGACUCGUCAUCCUGAAAAUUAUCAGUGGGAAAACUGGAGUCUGGAAAAUGUUGCCACCAUUUUAGCCCACCGGUUCCCCAAUAGUUAUAUUUGGGUGAUAAAGUGUUCCCGAAUGCAUUUGCACAAAUUCAGCUGCUAUGACAAUUUUGUGAAAAGCAACAUGUUUGGUGCCCCAGAACACAAUACUGACUUUGGAGCUUUUAAGCACCUUUAUAUGUUAUUAGUUAAUGCUUUUAACUUAAGUCAGAAUAUUUUACCAAAGAAAAACACAAACGUUUGGAAUAAGGACUCCAUAGCAUCUAAUUGUAGAUCCAGUUCUUCUCAUGCUACGAAUGGCUGCCAGGGAGAAAAAGAGAGGACCUGGGAAAAUUGUGAUAAGUCUGCCAAGAGUUUUUAUCCACCAUCACUAAAUGAUGCAUCUUUUACUUUGAUUGGAUUCAGUAAAGGUUGUGUUGUUUUGAAUCAGUUGCUUUUUGAAUUGAAAGAAGCCAAGAAAGACAAGAACAUAGAUGCUUUUAUCAAAAGCAUAAGAACAAUGUACUGGCUGGAUGGUGGUCAUUCUGGAGGAAGCAAUACCUGGGUUACUUAUCCUGAGGUCUUGAAAGAAUUUGCACAGACAGGGAUUAUUGUUCACACCCACGUAACACCUUACCAAGUACGUGAUCCAAUGAGAUCUUGGAUUGGAAAGGAGCACAAGAAAUUUGUUCAGAUACUUGGGGAUUUUGGUAUGCAGGUGACUAGCCAAAUUCAUUUUACAAAGGAAGCGCCUUCCAUAGAGAAUCACUUCAGGGUUCAUGAAGUAUUUUGAGACUCUAAGAAUAUUAAUGUACUUGGUUCAGUGGAAGAGCAUAAGCACUUUGAGUGUUAUAAAUUCAGAUAAUGAGAUGUAAUUCAUAGAUGCAUUGUCAUUUUGGGGGUGUGGGGGAAGUUCACAUUCCUAAAAUACAAGUGUAACGUGCAAUAAUAUUCCUUGCUUGUAAAUGUGACUAGUUUUUAAUUUGGAUCGGGUUAGAAUUAGUUAAUUUGAAAUCUAAUAAGGCGGUUUGUGAUACAAUCCUAUGAGGAGAUAUAAGACACUUAAAAAUGAAAGUUAUGCCAUAGGUGUAAGGUAGCUAAAAUUGUUAUAGUUGACUUUUCUGAGCAAUGUUUUAAAUUAAUUUUGGUGACUCUUUUUUUAAACAGUAAUUAACUGUUUCACCACUCAAAAUUUGAGUGGAAACACUUCAAACAAAAGCAAAGGUACAGUGCUCUUUUCCAUCACUUUGGAAUAACUGUACCCUGCGUCUUGUGUUUUGUAAAUUAAUGGACACAUUCUUUAAUAUGCCACCAAAUACUUUUUUCAAAACAUAUUUGUUUCCAAAUGUCCAGGAAUAUGCAAUAGUGUAAAGUUGGAGGCUGAGGCAGGAGGAUCACUUGAGUCCAAGAGUUUGAGGCUGUAGUGAGUUUUAAUCAUGUUUGUGAAUGGCCACUGCAGUCUCGCCUGGGAAGCACUGUGAGACCUCAUUGUUAAAAAACAACAAAAAAUGUCACUUAAGCACUGUGGCUUAAUUUUUAGUUGACAGUUUUUAACUGAUUAUUUUGUAUAAAACAUUUUGGGGUUUCUUGUAUCUUGGCCAAAACCUGUUUUGGAAAAUAAAUUGAGCAAAUUAUGUAUAUUGGACAAAAAUGUAUCACAGCAAAUUUCAGAUUUUUUCAUUAUAUCAGUCUUUUGAAAGAGAUCAACUUAGCUAUGCUCUAUUUGUUAGUUCUCUAUUGAAAAGGAAACAGAUUCCAUAGAUCUAAAUCAAUGUUUUUCCAGAAGUAUGGUUUUGUCUGCCAAAAGAAAAUAGCUCUCUUUGGCCAAAAUGCAAAAUUAUAUUGCUAUAAGAAAAGUUACAAGGGAAAGUUUGAAGACACAAAUGAUUUAAUUUUGGCUCAAAAACUGAAUUUGCUUAACACUGCUACAUAAUUUGGGUGAAGUUUCCUUCUGCCCGUUUUUCUUGACCUAGAUAAAUACAUUUUGCGAAACCAAGAUCUAAUGAAAGUCAACCAAUAUUGAAAUAUAGUUGUGUGAUUGCAAUAAGAGGCAAGUGGUCACUUUUUGUUGUUUAUUAAUAGUUAGCUUUUGCAGGUCAUUAGCUAAGCAGGAAAGUGACAUGUUUCUUUAGGACUAAAAUAAGACACUGAAGCUCAGUAUCUUAAUGACCCAGAAGACCUAAAUUUAUAAAACCAUUUAGAAUAAAAUGUUAAUUUCUUGGUUUCUUCCCAGAAUUAUAUUUUAAUGACUCUAUAAAUACAUUCCAAAUAUUCAGAGACUCAUGAGAAAGGAUUCUUACAUAGCAAAUGCUUAAAAAAUAGCGUCCCUUUUUGGUGUUUAUAAGCUACAGAACAGUAUCUCUGAAUUUUUUUUAAGACAAAAUAGUUUUAUGUUGCUUCAGUUUCUUUAAAUACCUGCUGUUUUGUUUGAAACCAAAAAUUCCCAACAAGGAAACAAGUCAGCUUGAUUCUAACAUUUUACAUAUCACCUUGCUUUAAGCAUUAUGAUUAGAUGGGUUUUUCAAAUUGUUUAAUAAUCCUUGAUUAAAUUAAUAUGGACCUAAUGUAAAAUAGCUGAGUUACUGAAUGCUGUAAGGAGGGAAGAAAAGGCAUCUUUGUUUUUUACAGGAUUAACUGAAAUGGAAGAGUAGGACUUUUAGCAGAAUUCAUUAAAAAAAUCAGAGCUGUUUAAAAAUCUGGGUUCUUCAGCUGUCCAGUCAUAUGAGCGUUUAAUUGUAACUGUCAUAUGUUGAGUGGAUAUUAAGAAUUACACACUUGGCACCUAGAACUGCCAUCUAUAGCAAAAUGAGACAAUGUUGAAAAGUAAAAAUAUUUUCUGGAAUGAAGAAAUACAUUCAAGUUGAUUCACAUUCAGAUGUUUUGUUUAAUACUUCAAAUUGGUCUUAUCUCCACAUUUGUUUAAGUGUUAUGAUGUUAGUGUAUCCUUUUGGAUUGUGCUUUUGUCAUGAGUCAAUUGAGAAAAGUAGUAAAUAAUGUACAAGUUGUUAUCACCACAGCAUGAAUGUAUAAUUGUAUUAAAAUUAAAAAUCCA